CGUCCUUUUCUUGGCUUAUCCCCAAAAGCGGAAAGUUUAGGGCAGAGCGACAAUCAUACCCAUCCACUGUGCCCCAACACGUGUCGGGCUGCGAGGGCGCCCGUUCCUCCCGGGACCCCAAGCGGUUUCUGGUACGCCUAUAUGGACGUAUCUUCCCAGAGUGAAAGUUGAUGUUUAGCCAUUCCGAAGUUGGUGCUUUGUGGGAAGGAGAACAGCGGGAGAGCCGUAAGGAAUGCAGGCGUCUUAACGCGAGGAACGCCUCUUAACACGCCCCGUGACAUGGAGUUUGACAGGGCCCUGGAUCCCUGCGUUCACCCCUCCUGGAGUCCUGGACGCCCACCUAGGAGCAGCGUCAGGGCCGUGCCACUUUGACCCACGUUAAACGCAUUGCAUCCUCAUUUCUGUGUCCUGUCUAGAUGCUUGACUCAGUGAUGCAGAACCUUUCAGGGUUAGCUGGAAGCCACAGCCCAGCCUCUUGAUGCAGCCUGGAUCCAGCCGGUGUGAAGAGGAGACCCCUUCCCUCUUGUGGGGUUUGGAUCCUGUGUUUCUAGCCUUUGCAAAACUCUACAUCAGGGAUAUCCUGGACAUGAAGGAGUCCCGCCAGGUGCCAGGUGUAUUUUUGUAUAAUGGACAUCCAAUAAAACAGGUAGAUGUCUUGGGAACCGUCGUUGGAGUGAGAGAAAGAGAUGCUUUCUACAGUUAUGGAGUGGAUGACAGCACUGGAGUUAUAAACUGCAUCUGCUGGAAAAAGUUGAAUACUGAGUCUGUGUCAGCUGCUCCAAGUGCAGCAAGAGAGCUCAGCUUAACCUCGCAACUUAAGAAGCUACAAGAGACCAUUGAGCGGAGAACAAAGAUAGAGAUUGGGGACACGAUCCGAGUCAGAGGCAGUAUCCGUACAUACAGAGAAGAGCGAGAGAUUCAUGCCACCGCUUACUAUAAAGUGGACGACCCAGUGUGGAACAUUCAAAUUGCAAGGAUGCUUGAGCUGCCCACUAUCUACAGGAAAAUUUAUGACCAGCCUUUUCGCAGCUCAGCCCUAGAGAAAGAAGAGGCACUAAGCAAUCCAGGCGCCCUGGACCUCCCCAGUCUCACGAGUUUGCUGAGUGAAAAAGCCAAAGAAUUCCUCAUGGAGAACAGAGUGCAGAGCUUUUACCAGCAGGAGCUGGAAAUGGUGGAGUCUUUGCUGUGCCUUGCCAAUCAGCCUGUGAUUCACAGUGCCUGCUCCGACCAAGUGAAUUUUAAGAAGGACACCACUUCCAAGGCAAUUCAUAGUAUAUUUAAGAAUGCUAUACAACUGCUGCGGGAAAAAGGACUUGUUUUCCAGAAAGAUGAUGGUUUUGAUAACCUGUACUAUGUAACCAGAGAAGACAAAGACCUGCACAGAAAGAUCCACCAGAUCAUUCAGCAGGACUGCCAGAAACCAAAUCAUAAUGCAUCUCAGACUUUAAUGUGCAUAAGGAUCAUCUGGGGAUCUGGUCAGAAUGCAGGUGCCCAGACAGGAGGUAUGGAGAGGACAGAGGAGGGCCUGACAGUUGUGACCGCGCUCAGCCACCCGCCUUUUUCCUGCAGACAUGGAGAAGGGCUGUCACUUCCUGCACAUCUUGGCCUGCGCUCGCCUGAGCAUUCGCCCGGGCCUGAGUGAGGCUGUGCUGCAGCAGGUUCUGGAGCUCCUGGAGGACCAGAGUGACAUCGUCAGCACAAUGGAGCACUACUACACGGCGUUCUGAGCAGAGACACGCAGACCAGCUGAGGAGGACAAAGAUAAGGUGGCGUUCACUCCCAGGCUCUGACUUUCAACAUCAUGCAGGGGCUUGUCUGUCUGGAGGCAGUUUGCUCAUAAUAAACUAUAAAAUAUGGUCAUUUUGGGAAUGGGAUUUGGCAUAAAUGUGGUUGGCUGCCUUCUGUCUGCUGUGUCCUUGGGGUACAAUGACUUUGAUCUCAGCCAUGACACAACAAGAAAACCCUCCCGGUUGACCUGGCUGGGCUGCGCGUUGUUUGCAGAGCAGAAUGGGGAGGAAACAGUGUUGGCAGCUUAACUGAUGUGUGUGGUUGGAGUCUCUACCAUGGCAAAGGGACACCACAGGGUAGUGAACAUUCAGGAACUGAAGGGCAUAUGGCCUGAUCACACAGUUCCAAGCUUUUCAAAACUUCAGGUUAUCAGAGACCUUCCUGUGGGCCUCUCUUGAUGGCUAAGAACCAGUUUAGGGGAGUAGUUCUCUCUGGAUGAGUGUCACUUGCUUACAGUUUCUGUGACUCAAGUACCAGCAGUGGGGUUGAGACCUGGGUUGAUGUUAUUUACAAGCCUGCCCAGAGAUGGGAAUAAACAGAGAUCCACGGCAUGACUAUAUGUUUGUCAUUUUCCUUUUAUUUCCUUGGGAAUCGAAAGGUGUCCCAGUACAUUUCCCUGCACUUGCAGAGGUGCAUGACUAAAUACAUUGUCCCUCAAUGCCCCUGAAGAUCACAGAGACAGUCAGCCAAUUGCCUGGCAGGCAGUAGAUGUUAUUUUCAGGGUUGCCGCUGAGUGUGCAGGAUGUGCUGACACCAUCCAGACAAAGACUCGGUAUGUGCCCAGACAGGUGAUGGAGUCAUGCUUUUGCUCAGAAUGACAAGGUAAAGGAAAAACAUCUGAGGUAUGUUGUAGGCCUGUUCUGACAGCAAAAUGACAAAUGCAGCCAGCAAAAAUAAAGUGUGGAGAAAGAUUUGGAGUUAAUUACAGUCAUUUAACAGAAGGCACUGCCUUCGUCUGCCGCAUUUGCUCUUGAUGUAAUAAGCUCUUCGUGGCUCAGCUGGAGAUCCUUUAGGCCUGGAGAGUUGCUCCUCUCUCCAUGGAAACAGGACAGUCUUUAUACACAGAAGUCCGCUGCAGCUGGAUAUGUCAGGCUGAGAGCUAGGACCAGUGGAUUGCCUCCUGUCAUAGACUUUUGGCAAACCUGUGCUGAUUUCUGAAAGUGAUUAUGUGGCUGCCCUGCAUCUUCUCUGUGUCCAGAAGGGUCCCUAGAAUAGAGUCUGCCUGGAAUGAUGUCCUGGGCAGUUCUUCCUUGAGGUCAGCAGCUCUUCCACGUUGAAUGCGUCUUUGAUUAGUGGGGCUGCCCAGCAAGGAGUCCAGAAUCAGAAGGUAAAAAGGGCAUACCCUUGCCUACAGCAACUCUGCUCUUAAGGGUUUAUCUCAGGGAGAUGACCACACCAGUGUGAAAGGAUGAUUGCACAAGAUGCUCAUUGCUGUGUAAUCUAGAAUUAUAUAUUGGGGAAAAUAUCUAUAGGGAAAAAGUUAAUUACGGUUCUUGGGCACAAUGAAAUGCUAUGCAGCCAUGAAAAAAAUGAAUGCAGACAGUGUUGCCAUGGCAUACUGUCCCCAAUAGAUUUAGUGGGAAGUAGAUAGAGUUAUAGAUCUGUUUCUAUAGGAUAACACCAUUAUCUACAGCUCCCUGUGUGUAUGUAUAUAUCUGUAGAGAGAAUGUAUAUUUCUGCAUGGAGGUCUUUAUAAAUGUAGCACAUGUGUAUAUAUACAUACAGUCGACCACUCCCUUCUCCUGGAAGUACUUUCCGCAUUGGGCUUUCAGGACACUGAGCUCUCUGGUUGCUCCUUCUCGGGUUCCUUUGUUCAGUGCUCUGCCUCCCUGAGGGCUCAGUCCCAGACCUCUUUUCUAUCUGGCUUGCUCCCUGGGGGGUCUCCAGCAACCACAUGGAUUAUACCACCUACAUGCUGUCCAACUCCUCAAUUUAAACCCAAAAUGGGCCUCUUCCCUAAACUGCAGACCCCUAUAUCCAGUUUGCUACUGACAUAUCCACUUAGGUCUCUAAUGGACAUCUCAAACUUCAUAGGCCCAAAGCCAGGCUCCCAAUUACUCCUGACCCCAGGCUUGCUCCUGAUAGCAACAUGAGGCAGCCAAAUGCCUAGGCAGAGAGGGGCGGGUCCCAAAUGAAACCCCACGUUCAAGUGAAGAACAGCGUGAAGGCUAAAAGACCAGACUGCUGGUCCUGGAUGAAACCCACCACCCAGAGUGGGAACUUCUGUUCCUGUUUGCCCACCCUUUCCCAAUCGAUUCUUUCUGAAUAAACGCCUUAACCAAU